UGUCCGGGUGAUGCUGACCUCUGACCCUAACAGUCUUUGCGCCCCUAGAUGGUCGCUGUGGAGUUUCUGAGGAAGAAGCUGAAAAGGAGGCUUCGCCCUCGCCGAUCAAACAGGAAGCAGCAGAUAAAGGAGACGGCGGCUGCGUCUCCUGGACGAGCGGGCAAGUGAGCUCCACCUCCACCCAACAUGUCCUGAACUCCAACCAGAGGCCAGAAACCAGCAGCUUUGACUCCCUGAUGCUGCCGCACACUUCCCAAGAUCCUACAGCGCCAGAACCCGGCAGCUCCUCUGGGUUUAUUCCCAGCAGGAAUGUUUCUACUGAUUCAGCGAGCAGCGGUGGUUUCUCCCACGGCAAGGCAACUCUGGCUACAGCAGAGCAGCAAGGGGCUCCUCAGAGACAGGCUGCAGGAGGACACGGCUCCUUCUUCAGGUGGCGGCUACAGAGCCGGGCCGACUCCAGAGCGAGGACGUUCGUCUGUAACUUUUGCGGGAAGGGGCUGGCCUGCCUGAAGAACCUGAAGACCCACAUGCGGGUCCACACGGGCGAGAAACCGUACGUCUGUGCCCUCUGCGGGAAACGCUUCUCCGACUCCAGCAACCUGAAGCGGCACCAGAGCGUUCACACCGGCGAGAAACGCUACGGCUGCGUCCACUGCGGGAAGCGCUUCGCUCAGUCCGGCUCGCUGAAGGUCCACAUGAGCGUUCACACAGACUGCCGGCAGUUUAAGUGCUCCUUCUGCGGGAAGACGUUUACGUCCGGAGGACAUCUGAGGAGACAUGUCGCCACGCAUGUUGGGGAGACAUGACCGGCUGCUGCGUUACCAUGACAACCUUUACAAAAGGCCCCCUAGACAGCAGACAGGAGCUCAGUGGGUUUGCAGUUUAAAUGCUGCAGAUGUUUCAGACCAUCAUCUCUGUGGUUCUAGAACAAGAAACUCAAAUCCACCAAUAACGAAGUUUACCUUCAUCAGAUCCAGAAAAUGUGUCAGAGGGUCGUUUCAGGUUCAGUUCAUCUCCAGGUGAAAAGAAGAUGUGAAGCUGAUGAAACCAAAGAAGGAACCCGAACAUAUGAUUCAUUUUAUCUACAGAAAACUGCUGAACUCUUUUCCUGUCACAGUAACCAUAGAAAGCCCCGCCCCUUUUCACCACAAACCUGUUCAACCCUGGAAAAAGGUCAGACUGAGUGACUGGUGCAGCUAAAGCUUGGAAGGAAAAUGCAAAAAAAAAAAAAAAAACUGA